UUCUAAACAUGACCCAUCCAUUCAGAAGCAAGCGAGACUUGUGUUUGAUGUCAAACAGGAAGGAAAAGCUCGUAAAUUGAUAACGGUCAGAUCAGCCCUGAUUGUCUGUAAUGAACUGGACUCCAGCAUUGACCUUAAGAUGGCCACACACUCAGGCUUGGAAGGUAAAUUUAAUAUCAUGGAAAUCCCAGCCAAUGGAACCUUACCACUUCCACUUCCAUAUGUGUCUUCCAUGCUCUAUGUCAGGCCUUCUGAUUGGCCGGUCAAGUAUUGCAAUCAACCAAUCCAAUGGCAGCAUGUUGGUUUGGCAGGGGAAGUGAAGGAAAGAAUUAUGAAAUGUGACUCUUCUGAAGGAAAUGGAGUUUAUAGAUUCUGUGUGUCGGUCAAGCGGGAGAACUACCCUGAGCAGUUACUGACCGAGGACUCGAGUUUGAUUCUACCAGGACACACUGUAUCCAUACGUCCAGCUGUGAUUAUUCGUAACCUGCUGCCCAUAGAGCUGAGGUACUACAUCAAAGACACACAGAUCUGUGGAACAGUGAAGACAGGAGAGAAGGCCUUCUUACAUGCUGCCGACCCUCAGCAGGCGAUGGAGCUGGGUCUAAAUCUGGAGAACUUCCCCACCUGUAAAGAGUUGGUGGUUCCUCCUGUCACCACCGGCCCCCAGUACCACAAGGUCAAGAUUCGUCUGUAUGAUACCAAGAAACGGCUGCUAGAGUUACUCAUCAAAAUCAUCUUCAGGAAGGGAGGAUCUGUCUCAAUCCAUGUGACGGCCCCUUACUGGUUGGUCAACAAGUCGGGGCUCCCCCUGGUGUUCAGACAGGACUUCUCCCAGCAGGAUGCUGCCGGACAGUACGAGGAACAUGAACUGGCCCGCUCCGUCACCCCGCUACUGUUCUGUUACGCCGAGAAGGACCUGCCCAAUCUAUGUACAAUGAGAGUAGGAAAGUCGGUCCAGGGUCCAGACAGUGUACCUGUGUGGUGUAAGCGGUUCUCCCUGGAGAGUGGUACCGGCAUGAGGAGACUGAAUGUGGUUCCCAAGACUGGCAACCGCCCAGACUGGGUGUACAACAUUGGUAUAGGGGUUCACCAAGGGAAGGGACUGUACGCUGACACAAACAUUGUGACCUUUGCCCCCUUGUAUGAAAUUGACAACCAAUCCAGUCACAGACUAGCGAUCGCUCAGAGACAUCUUGCCCAGUCUGAGACAAUGAAGUUAGACACCUGUUUGAUUGCCCUUCCACAAUGUAAGCUUCCAUUUCAUUGGCCAAGACUUGACCUUGAUCAGUUGUUAUGUGUAAAUCUAUUGGAUGUGGGAUCCUCCUCCUGGUCAGGUGGAUUCAGAAUCGACAAAACAGAUUCUUUCCACAUAAAUAUAAGGGAUGAUCAGAAUGUGAGUCAUCUGCUGAAGGUGGAGAUUGUGAUGGAGGGACCCACCUACUUCAUCGUGUUUGGGGACGCAGGGGAAGUCCCCCCUCCCAUCAGAAUCGACAACUGGGCUGAAAUUCCUGUGGAAUAUUUCCAAAGUGACACGACAGAACAGAAGCUGAAAGCUUUUGUUCAACCUCAUGUACAAUUACCAUAUGCCUGGGAUGAGCCAAUGUUGAGUCACUCCAUAACACUGAGAGUAAAGGGAGGAACUAGUGCCACCUACAAUAUGGACAAACUGGAGGAAGGGAAGCAACUCUGUUAUCCCAACUUUAUUUACCUCAGAGCAUCAGCUACCGUUCCAAGGUCAACACAGGAUAGUUCACACACAGAACUGGUUUUAGAAGUUGUUGAAGAUCAGUACAUCAAAUUUUGUAAAAAGGACAUUGGUAAUCGUAACCAGUUAUGGAGAAUGACCAGUGGGGGCAUGUUAGAGCAUGAGGGGUCGAUAUCUCCCCGAGACCCCCACAGUCGGUCCUCCUACCCCUCAGGGAAGAGCAUGGUACUGGAUAUAGAUGACAUUGCCCCCAGGCCGGGCAGGAUUGUCCCCCUCACCCUCAGAAAACGGGACGAGCGCAGGAAAGCCACACAGACCUGGAAGUUCACUGAGGAUGGUCGAUUGUGCUGUGUUGAUGGUGCUAUGUGUGUACAGACCCUGGGAGGGGGGGAGUGUCUGAGGGACUCCGCUGUGGCUGUAGUGGGGCCUGGUCCCCCCUCAGGCAGGAGUGUCCCCGCCCACAUGAAGAUUGACAGACAGAGGCUCCUCCCAGGGUCCGGCUGUCUGGCUGUUAGGACCGUCAUGGAUGGACCAAUCAGAGUGCUGCAAAUCACUGAUGUCUCUCAAGGAUCUGUUGCUGAAGUAACAAAGAACUACCAAGACUGGGUUGUUUGUGAAGAAGAUAAGGUGGCUAAGAUAGAAGAUAAAUCAGUAGAGAAGAAAUCAAGCUUAGAGAUUUGUAUGAGUCUGAAGGGUGGAUUGGGUUUAUCUCUGGUGAACUACAGCCCUGAGGAGCUGGUCUAUAUCUCACUACAGAACAUUUCUCUGGACUACAUCUCUAACCCUAAUUACAUGACAGUGGAUGUAGCUGUAGCCAAUGUACAGGUAGAUAAUCAGCUGUUCACAGCCACCAGACCUGUGCUGUUGUACGUCACACCUACCCCUAGAAGAGACGUCCAAGAGAAUACCCCAGCUCUCCAUGUAGUAGCCCAGAAAAUUCCCAACUCAAAGUGGAAUGCUGAGAUUUAUAAACACUUGAUUGUAAACAUGAAGAAACUGAGCAUUCAGGUAGAGGAGGAACUGUUAUGGAAGCUGUUACAGUUCUGUGGAUUUGGGUCAACAGACCACCUGGAUGAGAAAGUCACAGAGGGGGAGGAUCCAAGAAAAGCACUUGCAGCUGCCACUUCAGUGAAGACCAAGAGAUAUUACUUUGGACUCCUGAAAAUCCACACGAGUCUUGUAAAUCUGAGCAUGCUCACUGCCUCCAAACUGUCAGCUGACUUGAAGGCUCUGAAGAGAGACAUGUCUCUACCACUCGUCAGAUUCGAAGACGCCAAAGUGGAUCUAGAUCCUUUCGUCAAAAGUCACCUGUUUGAAACCAUUGUGUUCCUUCAGAAAGAGAUAGGAUUCCACUACACUGAGGAGCUGAAGAGUCAGGCAGCCAAGAUCCUGGGUUCUGUGGACUUCCUGGGGAAUCCCCUGGGUCUGUUUAAUGAUGUCACAGAGGGAAUUUCUGGUCUGAUCAAUGAUGGCAAUGUGGGGGGUCUCCUGAAGAACGUCACACAUGGAGUGUCCAACUCUGCUGCUAAGGUUGUUGGAUCACUGUCUGAUGGACUUGGGACACUGAACAUGGACAAGAAUUACCAGGACAGACGGGAGCAGUUGAGGACCGGUGCCCAGUCCAGCGGGGGGCAUAUACUGGCCGGGGUCAAAGGUUUUGGUAAUGGACUGUUUGGUGCUGUGACCAGUAUAUUUACUCAGCCCUAUGACGGCUUCAAGGAAGAUGGUAUUGAGGGCCUUGUGACAGGGAUAGGGAAGGGAGUGAUUGGUACGGUGACUAAGCCUGUAGUGGGAGUACUCGACCUUGCCUCGGGAGCUGCUAAUGCUAUCAGGGACACCAGCAGUAGCAGCUCUCGUAUCAGUCCCCCGCCCCUCCGACUCCCACGGUGCUGUCACGGGGCGGGCAUGCUGCUGCCUCCGUAUUCUCAAAAUGACUCCAAGUCACAGAAACUACUGCAUGAUCUCAACAAGAAGAACCUGGAGGAAUUCUUCAUAGCUGUAGAACAGCUGAGGAGAGAAGACAGACUGAUGUCCCUGAUAACCUCUAGACAGGUGUACUUCUUACUGGGGGGUGAGGCCGACUCUGGGAACAUCAUUCUCAAGGUCCCCCACAAAGAGCUGUGCCAGUGUUUGGUGGUGGAAAUCAAGGGUAGAUAUUACUUGGAGCUUGUGAGGUUACAAACAUCAGCUUCUGAUCAACAGAGGGUCCCCCAGAUAAGAUGUGACAAACAGACAAUUGCUGAAAGGGUGAGUCAACAGAUCAACUACGCCCGUAAUUUGUAUGAAGAACAACAACACACACUGACGUCUACCGAGUCUGAGGAUACAUAGUGGAUAAAUAAAGCCAUCAGAAACAAACGUGUUGUAUGUGAUUUAUAGAGCCAUCGUGAACAAACUUGUCAUAUGGGAUUUACUUUAUCACAUGUGAAUUACUUCAAAACUUGGUGAUAGAAACUUUGAAAAACUCUGCAUAAUGAACAUUUUUUCCCCAUACACAUUUCUAAAAAUGUAUUUUGAUUGUACAAUCAUUUAUUAUAAUUGUAACUUGAUAUUAAAAAUAUGAUUGCAAGACUUAGUUUAAAAGAUUGUUAGAUAAUUAUUGCAUUUAUCUGUCAGUAAAUGAAACAUUCAAUAGCUGGUUAAUCGUAAUGUUGUGCUUCAAUUCUGAUGAUAAACAAGUGUUCUGAACGUAUUAAUCAGAUUUGACUAUAUUUGAUUAUAAUUUUAUUAAAGCUCUUUCUUUUUAAUAUAGACAUGGAUCUAUAUGGCUUAGUAUUUUUUUUUGUUAUUUUGCCA